AUGUGUAGCUCCCGUGACGUCACAGGACGACACGAGGAGGGGAAAAUCAGCUACGAGCCUCAAAACCUGAGCAUUGAUCGACACUUCGAUCUAUCCCCCGGUGUUAACUACCACGCUAGUUCAGACGUAAUUGAACAAGAAUUCACUAAAUUAGGCAUCAAACUUUCAUCAGAGAUUACAUUUCUAAAAGUAGGAAUCCAAAAUCCACCAUUCAACCAUAUCCUAAGCUUUAGAAGACAGGUCUACAUCACACCGCAAGAUGAAGAAAAAUUCCCAGAAACCAUCAAAAUAAUAUUCGAGGAAACAACCUACUUCAUCUACCUGUCUACAGACUCAAUUUCUUGCUUCAUAUGCAAAAAAGAAGGUCACUUGGCCAAAAAUUGUCCCACCGAAAAUCUCACUAUGCAUCAGCAAACUGAACCACUCCAAACACAAGCUCAAGAAACGGAAGAAAUUAAAAAAGACUCAAAAAAAGAAUUAAUGACAAAAACAACUGAGUCUAACAAGCCCCUACUGAGUCAAACACAAAACCCUAUAGAUAAUCUAAACACCCAAAUGACCUCACAAGAAUUUCAAAUCCCAAUCACCCCUCUACUAACAGAAAUGAAAAGACCACGCUCCCUUCCCAGCAAGACAUCUAACUGCACUUCCACACAAAGACUUAAAUUACCCAGAGGUGACGACAGCUCUACUGAUUAUGACUCAUCAGAUAAUGACAUACCGGAAAAAUCACAAAAUAAAACUAAACCAAAAAAAAUAAAAGCACAAGACAAGAUUUUGGCCGAAGACUGGGUCAAUAUUACCCGAAUCAUCGCCCAAAAAAAAGAUUACCCACUGACUGCCCUACAACUAAACGAUUUCUACACGAAAUUGCAUUGCAAUAAGUACCCUAUUGAACUAACACUACAGUACACCACAGAUCUACUAGGCCUAAAAAAAAUGAUGAAUGAUGUGUACCCUUAUCUAAGCUCUAGCCUGAAAAAUAGAACAACCAGAAUAACCAACAUCUUCGAAGAACACUUAGUAGCUGAAGAACAAAACAAAGCCAGAUCAAUGGACACCGAUCUCACCCAAUAA